AUGGACAAAAAGCAACAUUCAAAAUCAACUGCUAGUGGAUCAUCUUCUCCUUCCACAAUAAAUAAACCAAAAGAAUCAUUAUCAACAACAGCAGCAGCAUCACUACCAACAACAACGACAAGCAGAAAUGCAGUACUUCCUCAAACUGCUCGUCGGAUUUUUCAAAACUUCCUUUUGGUAUGGCUCGAUGCCACCUUUGAUGAGUCCAAAGACGAUUAUGAAAAACCAAUGAAAUAUCUGCAACAUAUAGUGGCAACGGUCGCAGUGUUUACAGACGUUGAUGAAUCCAUUGAUUUUCUCACUGACAUUGAGAACGAAAAAGUAUUUAUGAUCGUAUCAGGUGCCCUGGCACAACAUACAAUACCGAUAAUUCAAGAAUGCCCACAGUUAGUCUCAAUUUAUAUUUUAUGUGACAAUCAAUCAAUUCAUGAGGAAUGGGCCAAAACAAUAGCUAAGGUACAAGGUAUAUACACACAAAUCGAACCGAUUUGUAAAGCAUUACAAAUCUAUCAAGAAAAUUGUGAUCGAGCUAUGAUCUCGAUAAGUUUUAAUAGAAUCGAUCCAUUAUUUAUGUAUACACAAUUGUUAAAAGAAGCACUUUUGCAAAUAGAAGAUGACGAUGCAAAAUCGAUUAAGGAACUCGUUGAAUACUGUCGUCUUCAAAGCGAUGCUUCCGAAAAAACACUUGAAAAGAUUGAAGAAGAAUAUCGUAAUCAUUCACCCAUUUGGUGGUACACAGGUCCAUAUUUUAUCUACUCAAUGCUCAAUUAUGGUCUUCGACAAAUGGAUGUCGAUAUUAUCCUGAAAAUGGGCUUCUUCAUUCGCCAUUUACAUCAACAUAUUAAAGAAUUACAUCGUGAACAACAAGGGAACAUGCCAACAAAUUUUCAAGUCUUCCGUGGACAAGGUUUGUCCAUUGAAGACUUUGAAAAAAUGAAAAAAAACGAAGGAGGACUUAUGUCCUUUAAUAAUUUCUUGUCGACAAGUCGUAAUCGUGAGAUAUCUUUCAACAACUUUGCACAACUAGCAGCAUUUAAUCCAAAUUCAGUUGGUGUUCUCUUCAUUAUGAACAUUGACACGGCUAUUUGUACAAAAACAUCAACACCAUUUGCUGAAGUAACUAACGAAGUUGGCUUCUUUCAAGACAAGGAAGAAGAAAUACUUUUUUCAACACAUGCGAUUUUUCGUAUCGAUCACAUCGAACAAAUUCACGAUCAUCACUGCGAUCGGCUAUAUGAAGUUACUCUCACUAUUGUGGGUAAUCACAAUCAUGAAUUGAACACACUUACAGCACACAUGCGUAAGGACCUUGGUGAGCGCACAGGAUGGUCUCGACUUGGUGACAUACUUAUUCAACUGCGCGAGCCUGCAAAAGCAGAACAACUCUAUCAGAUCCUCCUCGCAAAGGCGUCUUCUGAUCAAGGUCGAGCGGAAUACAAUCAUCAACUUGCCUGGGUCUAUAAUAACAUGGGUGAGUACUUAAAAUCAGUCUUAUACCUCGAACAAGCACUUGAUAUCACAAAGAAAAUUCUCCCUCCGAAUCAUCCCGACUUGGCUGCUUCCUUCAACAACAUCGGUAUCGUGUAUGAUGAAAUGGGCGAGUACUCAAAAGCACUUUCAUGGUAUGAACGAUCACUUGAAAUCCGUAAAAUAGCUCUUCCUCCGAAUCAUCCCGACUUGGCUUCUUCCUACAACAACAUCGCUGUGGUGUAUGGUCAAAUGGGCGAGUACUCAAAAGCACUUUCAUAUUAUGAAAAGGAUCUUGAGAUUACCAAAAAAGCUCUGCCUCCGAAUCAUCCCGACUUGGCUGUUUCCUACAACAACAUCGGGUUGGUGUAUGAUGAAAUGGGCGAGUACUCUAAAGCACUUUCAUCGUAUGAACGAUCACUUGAAAUCAAGAAAAUAGCUCUCCCUUCGAAUCAUCCCGACUUGGCUACUUCCUACAACAACAUCGGUGCGGUGUAUUAUAACAUGAGCGAGUACUCAAAAGCACUUCAAUCGUAUGAACGAUCACUUGAAAUCAAGAAAAUAGCUCUCCCUUCGAAUCAUCCCGACUUGGCUACUUCCUACAACAACAUCGGUGCGGUGUAUGAUGAAAUGGGCGAGUACUCUAAAGCACUUUCAUGGUAUGAACGAUCACUUGAAAUCCGUAAAAUAGCUCUGCCUCCGAAUCAUCCCAACUUGGCUAAUACCUACAACAACAUUGGUUUGGUACAUGAAAACAUGGGCGAGUACUCAAAAGCACUUUCAUUUCUGCAAAAAGGACUUGAGAUCCGGCAAAAAUCACUUCCGUUCACUCAUUCCGAUAUUUCGCAGUCAAAAAAAAACAUUGAAAAUGUGAAAAAGAAAAUGUAA